AUAAUUGCUUUAAGUGCUUCGUCUAACCAACUAUCAAGGAUUCAAGAAAAGGUAGACGAAUAUGCUGCCUUGAUCAUGGAAGAACUCGAUCCCGACAACCUUGGAUAUAUCGAGCUGUACAACUUGGAAACAUUGCUUCUCCAAGUUCCAAGCCAAUCGGACAUCAGUCCAUCAUCCGAGAACAAGCGUGCCCUCAGCAAGAUGUUGAGCCAGAAACUCAUACCAACAAAAGAGAGAAAUCCGUUGAAAAGAUUUGCCAGAGAUAUAAAAUACUUUUUCUUGGAAAAUUGGAAAAGGAUAUGGGUGCUAACAUUGUGGAUAUCCAUUUGCAUCGCUCUCUUCACUUGGAAAUUUCUACAGUAUAAACGCAGAGCCGUGUUCGAGGUCUUGGGUUCUUGUGUUUCUGUGGCCAAAGGCAGCGCAGAGACCUUGAAAUUCAACAUGGCUCUCAUUCUCUUGCCUGUUUGUAGGAACACUAUCACUUGGCUACGGACCAACUCCAAGCUUGGGUCCGUUGUUCCAUUUGAUGACAAUAUCAACUUCCACAAGGUUGCGGUAUAUCCAGGAAACGUACUUUCGCUUUACAUGUCAAAACCUAAAGGGUUCAAGUAUAGAAGUGGGCAGUACAUAUAUGUUAACUGCUCCGACGUCUCACCAUUUCAAUGGCAUCCGUUUUCAAUUACUUCGGCUUCUGGAGACGAGUUCCUCAGCAUUCAUAUCCGCACCCUCGGCGAUUGGACAUCACAACUCAAAUGCUUAUUUUCGAAGGUUUGUCAACCUCCGUCAACAAGUCAAAGUGGGCUCUUCACAGCUGACUUAGUUCAAGCCAAUAACAUAACCAGGUUUCCGAGGCUUUUGAUCGAUGGUCCAUAUGGCGCCCCAGCACAAGACUACCGAAACUACGAUGUAUUGCUUCUGGUAGGCCUAGGUAUCGGAGCGACCCCAUUAAUCAGUAUACUUAAGGACGUUCUUAACAACAUCAAGAAUCACAAAUCCAUUGAAGAAGGCACAAGCCACAAUGUCAAUAGAAGCAACACAAAACGAGCUUAUUUCUAUUGGGUAACAAGAGAGCAAGGAUCUUUAGAAUGGUUUAGUGAGGUCAUGAACGAGGUAGCUGAGUAUGAUAGUGAGGGAAUUAUUGAGCUACAUAACUACUGCACGAGCGUCUAUGAGGAAGGAGACGCGAGAUCAGCACUAAUCACGAUGUUGCAGUCAUUGCACCACGCCAAGAACGGCAUUGAUAUUGUGUCAGGUACUCGGGUCCGGACCCAUUUCGCAAGACCCGAUUGGCGCAGCGUUUUCAAGCAUGUCGCGGUGAACCACAUCAAUCAACGAGUUGGGGUUUUCUACUGUGGUAAAUCAUGCAUCAUAGGAGAGUUGAAGGGACUGGCUCAAGAUUUCUCUAGGAAAACUUUGACCAAGUUUGAGUUCCACAAGGAAAAUUUUUAAUUUCAAGUUCAUCAUUAGUAUUUUAAGAACACAGUGUCUUUG